AUGUCCCAAGUUUUUGUUGAUGUCACUAAGAAGGCUGACCCAAAGGCCAAGGCCUUGAACGCUGUGAAAGCUGUAAAAUCAGGGAAAAUCAUUAAGAAGAAGGCGAAGAAGAUCAGGACGAAGGUGACAUUCCACAGGCCAAAGACAUUGACAAAGGCUAGAGACCCCAAAUACCCACGCAUCAGUACCACUCCAAGGAACAAGUUGGACCACUCCGAAAUCCUCAAGUACCCACUCACCACCGAGUCUGCAAUGAAGAAGAUCGAAGGCAACAAGACCUUGGUUUUCAUUGUUGACAUUCGUGCUGACAAGAAGAAGAUCAAAGAUGCUGUCAAGAAGAUGUAUGACAUUCAGACCAAGAAAUUCAAUACCCUCAUUAGGCCUGAUGGAACGAAGAAGGCUUAUGUGAGAUUGACUCCUGAUUAUGAUGCUUUGGAGGUGGCUAACAAAAUCGGAAUUAUCUAAAGCUACUAUCAUCUGAGUUCUGUCAGUUUACUUUUGGAGUUAAAACAGAAUUCUUGUCUUCCUUAGUCUCAGUUUUGCUAGAGAAAGAUAUUAUGUUUCUCUUUAUUCUGCUUUAUAGUUGAAUUCGAAUAUAUAUAUAUAUAUUUUUAUUUCUCA